AUGGCGCAGGCUGCUCGACUGGACAUCAUGAGCAUCGCCGCACUUGUGGCAUUCGCACUGACGUUGGGCGCCAGGACGACGUUUUGUGAAGGCAUUUCGUGCGGUCCCGGAUGGGAGGCGUUCAGCUCCAGCUGCUACAAGAAGAUGGUGGACCCCAACGGUUGGCUGGGGGCUCGUUUCCACUGCGUCCUGGAGGGCGGUGACCUGGUCUCCUUCAACUCCUCAGCCGAGGAAGACUUUGUGAAGGGCAAAAUGGGGGCCCGCUCGUUCUGGAUAGGACUCUCCAACCUGGAAUGCAACCACAAGUUGUGUCCUCAAGUGUCAGGCAAGGAGCUGAAAUGGUCCGACAACACGCUGCUGAACCACAGCAACUGGGCAACCGUUAAAGUCGCAAGCACCAAUUUGGAGUCCUGCGCGUACGUCCUCCCAAACGCUCAUAAGGAUUACCACCCUGGCAAGUGGAGAAAGGUCUCGUGCGAGUCCUCCCUGGCGUACAUGUGCAAACGCUCCCCCGACGGCUGCCAGGAGGGACAACCGUGCAACAAGACCGCCGGUUUGGCGCUCACUCCGGUGCAAACUUCUGCCUGUGACCCUGGCGACUUCCUCCGCGGCCAUUUCUGCUAUCGCUUUGAGAACACUAAGAAAACUUGGCAGGGGGCCGAGGAUGACUGCGUCCUAUGGGGAGGUCACCUGGCAAGUGUCCACUCACGGGAAGACGGCGAUUGGUUGAUCGUUUGGCUGCGCUUGUGGCACUAA